AGCGCUGGGUGGUGAGAGUGCCAGUCGCUGGCCUUUAGUGUGGCUGCUGCUGGGGGCGGCGGCGGCGGCGGGGAGGGGGACGGAGCCGGGGGGACCGGGAGCAGCAGCCGGAGAAGGUUAUGUUUGUGUUUGGGGUUGUCAAGUGAAGGAGGGAUCCCAGGCGCCGCCGCCGCGCGGGGGUCGAGGAGAUUUCGAGCUGCGGCCGCCGCCAUCAGCAGCGCAGCUCUAGGGCCGGCUGCAGCGGCAGCGGCCCCGCCGGGCGUCCUGGCAGCAGGCUCCGGAUCUUGUGGUGUCACGUGAUUGAAUUACAGUCGGAGUUGUCGCUUUAAAAACUUCUAAAUAUCGUGACCUUUUAAAAGCGUUAAGUUGGGAGUUAAGCCUUCAUACAGUUUAUUUGGCCCUGACGUCUCUACAUUCUCUCUUGAAUCGGAAGCUCCGUCAGUUGGAUGGUGGAUGUUUUUCGUGCAGGGAGUUGGGGAACUAUAUCUUUUAUAGACCAUUUAGCACAGUGCUAGAUGAAGUACACGGUAUUGAACCUUCAUAUUUCAUAUUCUUUACCAUGCAGUUAAAAAAUUGCAAAUAUUUUUUAUGCAGUGCCCACAUGCAGCCUUAUCGGGGUUAAAAUACUAAAGUUAAUCAUAGCCUUCUUUCCUUCUGCUUCUUCUCUGCUGUAUUGAAACCAUAAAUUUCUAAAACCUUAUACUGGUUAUUAGAUACAGCCCUAUGGUCCCAUAUAGGCAUUCUUAAAGAGGAUUAAUAUUUGAUAUUUCCGUGUGCCAGGCAGUGAGCAAAGCACCUGAAUUGUUUAGUUCUUACAACCCAAUGAGGUGGAUACCAUAUCCUAGUUUUACAGUUGGGAAAUCUGAUCUUCAGAGAGGUUAAGUACCUUGAACAAAGCCACACAGUAAGCCUUGAACCCAGUGUGAUUUGACACCGAAAUAUAUAGUCAUGACUUGUUGUGCUAUACAGCCUCUUGAACAAAACCCCCAGAGCAGGUACUAUUUCCAGCCAGGAAAUAAGCGUUGAGAGUACCUGAGUCAGGUGGUGCCACAUUCCUUAUUUGUUGGCCGUGGGCAGGUUCCUUAACCUCUUCCUGUCUUAAUUUUCUUAUCUUUAAAAUGGAUAAAUGAUAGCUACCUAAGCAGUUAUCAUUAGGAUUAAAUUAGGUAAUGUGUAGGAAGUACACAGGCACACAGUAGGUGCUUUUGUUUUUUUCUGUAGUACUGGAUGUUUUAAAAGUAUUAAACAAAGCAUUGCUAUUCCAUUCUUGUGUCUUUGCUUAGUGAUUAAACAUAAUUUCAUGUUUAACAUCAUCAUCAUGGGCUUUGCUUAUCAGCCUUAUUGCAGGAAGUUAAAACUAAGAUUUUAUAGCUCAGGGGUCCUUGAGGAUCUCAUGGGGGAAAGAGAUGGUUAAGUUUUGGAUUCUUACUGUUUUGACACAUUGUAUUUCAAAUCGCUGUUUUUAAAAUGUGUAUGUCAGGACAGGGUUAUGCUGCAGUAACAAAUAACUCCUAAACCUCAGUGCUUAAAACAACAAAGAUCUCCUUUAUGUUUCUGCUCCAUGAUCACGUUGGGUUGGCGGGAGCUCAGCUCUGUGUUGUCAGACUCGCUGUCUAGAACAGUGCCUGUCUCAUGGCAGAGGAAGAAGAGCACUGGGGGAUCUGGCUUUGAUAACUAAAUGCUCCACCCUGGAAGCCAUGCCUGUUUCUUCCACUCACAGCACAUGGAUUAAUUGAUGGACAUUGGGUUUAUGGAGCUGCCUUUCUGUGACCUGCUCUUCCUACAGUUUCUAAGAAGAAAAAGGGGCCCCUGAAUCAAAGAAGAUGCCUCGAACUAAACAGAUUCAUCCCAGAAACCUAAGAGACAAAAUUGAAGAAGCACAAAAAGAACUCAAUGGGGCAGAAGUGUCAAAAAAAGAAAUCUUAGAGGCUGGUAUUAAAGGAACUUCAGAAUCACUUAAAGGUGUGAAACGAAAAAAGAUCGUAGCCGAGAAUCACCUGAAAAAAAUACCAAAAUCCCCACUGAGAAAUCCUCUUCAGGCAAAACACAAACAAAAUACAGAAGAGUCAUCUUUUGCCAUUCUUCAGAGUGUGGCGGAGUCCCACAAGAAGCAGAAUCACAGUCCUGUAAAAAACGGGAAGCAGUUUACCAAACACAAUGGAGAAGCCCCUGGGAUAAUUGCCGACGCCUCUAAACUGCAAGAGGCUGUCUCCCCGAAGAAGCCCUCGUUUCUGCAGCCCCCAUCCGAGCCGCGCCGGUGGAGGUCGGAAGGCUCCGACCCCGCCAAGCCCGGUGUCCCCGAGGGAAAAUGUGACUCCAGUUCUCUGUCCAGUAAAAGCAGGACUGACCACCGUGAAUGUAUCUCCUCUCACUGCAGCCCCCCGCCCUCCUCGUAUGCAAACACCGCGUUCGAUGUCUUACUGAAGGCCAUGGAGCCAGAACUGAGCACCUUGUCGCAAAAGGGCUCCUCUUGUGCGGUUAAGAGCGAAAAACUGAGACCAAAUAAAACUGUACGACCCCCUUCUCACCUGAACCACAGCCCGAUGGAUGCCCCCGAUCCGACCCCGCAAGAACCGGCUGCCCAAUCACAGCCGCCUCCUCGGACCUCAUACGCCGGGCACGUGUCUGCCGCUCAGAAGAACGACCAAGCGGCACUUCAGGCCGUUUCUCCUUCGUAUAAUCCACGCGAACACUCUGUUUCUAAACCUGGCCAACAAAAUCAGCAGCUUCCAGCGUGUUCGGGUUUCACCAGAUCACUCACGAGUCUGCAGAAUCAGGAGAACGCCCAACUUGAACACGUCUGUAACGCAGCAGUGAUGUCAUCCGUAGGUGUGACGUCACCCUCCAGUAGAACUCAGGUUUCUCCUCCAAACCAGCAAGUGGAUGCUGCCUUGCCGCUGUCAGUGAGCCCCGCCCUUUCCACGCGGUCACCCCCCACGCCAAUUUACAACUCAACUCCUGUCGCCUCUGUUGUUAAUCACAGCGUGGAACAAAUGUGCAAUCUUCUUCUGAAAGAUCAGAAGCCAAAAAAACAAGGAAAAUACAUCUGUGAAUAUUGCAAUCGAGCCUGUGCAAAGCCCAGUGUGCUUUUAAAGCACAUCCGCUCCCACACUGGAGAGCGACCCUAUCCCUGCGUGACCUGCGGGUUUUCAUUUAAGACUAAAAGUAACCUCUACAAGCACAAAAAGUCCCAUGCACAUACUAUCAAACUGGGUCUCGUCUUGCAGCCAGAUGCUGGCGGCUUGUUCAUGUCUCACGAGUCCCCCAAAGCACUUAGUAUCCAUUCGGAUGUGGAAGACAGUGGGGAGAGCGAGGAGGAGGGUGCUGCUGACGACAGGCAGAACGACCCGGGCUCCAUGGACCUGCAGCCCGUGCAGAUAAUGAAGAUGGUAUCCAGCUCGGAAGCUCUACCUAAAUUGGGUUCCAUUCCAAGCAAUCCAGAUCCUGUGGUAGGUGACUUUUCACUACAGGACAGAUCUUCAGAAGCACAGGCUGUGACAGAGUUACCCAAGGUUGUGGUCCACCCCAUCAGUGUGUCCCCUUUAAGAGCUGACAGCCCGAAGGUUACGGAUUCCAAGCCUGAACCUCCUAGUGCACAGAAACAGAAAGACCUUCAGGUAACCGGUAUACUGUCCCACUCAGCCUGGGCGUGCUCCCUGGAGAUGGACAACAAGUCCCAUGAGAAGGGCGAUGUGAGUCAGCCCGAGGGAAAACAGGAAUCUCACGUGGGAACGGUACAUGCCCAGCUACAAAGGCAGCAGGCCACCGAUUACUCCCGAGAGCAGCAAGGAAAACUUCUCCUGAGUCCUCGCAGUUUAGGAAGUACGGACUCGGGUUACUUUUCACGUUCUGAGAGUGCCGACCAAACAGUGAGCCCACCCACCCCCUUUGCCAGAACGUUGCCCGCCCCAGAGCAGGACUCUAACAAGAAUAAUGGGUCUUCUGCACCUCGUGUCAGCACACCAGCAGCUUCGGCUCUUCCAGCAGGUGAAAAAGCGUCACUCCUCCCAGGUCAGAUGCGCCCACCUUUGGCGACAAAAACGCUUGAGGAACGGAUAUCAAAGCUUAUCUCAGACAAUGAAGCCUUGGUAGAUGACAAGCAACUGGAUAGUGUAAAGCCACGGAGAACCUCUCUCUCACGACGGGGAAGCAUCGAUUCCCCCAAAUCGUACAUAUUUAAGGAUUCUUUCCAGUUUGAUUUAAAACCAAUGGGACGGAGAACAAGUUCAAGCUCUGAUAUACCAAAGUCCCCUUUCACUCCCACAGAGAAAUCAAAGCAAGUGUUUCUUCUGUCUGUACCUUCCCUCGACUGUCUGCCCAUCACCAGAAGUAAUUCUAUGCCUACCACAGGGUACUCAGCAGUACCUGCGAGCAUCAUCCCUCCCCCACACCCACUGAGAGGAAGUCAGUCCUUUGACGACAAAAUUGGUGCUUUCUACGACGAUGUCUUCGUACCGGGGCCUAACACUUCUGUGCCCCAAAAUGGACAUCCCCGCACUCUUGUCAGACAAGCAGCAGUAGAAGACUCUUCAGCAAAUGAAAAUCAUGUUCUGGGUGCCGGGCAGUCCUUGGACGAGAGCCAUCACGGAGGCAGCCCCGCUGGUGAGACCGCAGCAGCAAGAAGCAAGCCCCCGGCCCCGGGUUCACACUUGGAAAAGAAGAAGUCUCAUCAGGGGCGAGGGACCAUGUUUGAGUGUGAGACCUGUAGAAACAGGUAUAGGAAACUGGAAAAUUUUGAAAACCAUAAGAAAUUUUACUGUUCAGAGUUGCACGGACCAAAAACCAAGGUAGCUCUGAGGGACCCCGAGCACAGCCUGGUGCCCAGCGGCGCACAGCCUCCCAUUCUGCACUACAGGGUCGCCAGUGCCACCGGGGUCUGGGAGCAGACGCCCCAGAUACGAAAAAGGAGGAAAAUGAAAAGCGUCGGAGAUGACGACGAACUUCAGCAAAACGAAAGUGGAGCAUCUCCCCAGAGCUCCGAGGGCCUCCGGUUUCAGAGCGCGAGGGGCUCGGUUCCCAGUUUGUCUCAGCAGAACGUUGCCAUAACUGGUGACCAGCCUCCUAGAAAUAUCCAGCUGCAAAGCUCCCCGAUUCAGCUCGUGGCCAGAGGCCCCGAACAGCCCCCGGACCCGAAGCCGUCCUCCAUCGUGGAAGAGCAGGUGAGCUCGGCUGCCCAGGACAGGACAGAGCCCAAGAGACACGGGGCCGGCAUCUCCGUCAUCCAGCACACAAACUCGCUGGGCAGACCCGGUGCGCUUGACAAGCUGGAGUCUUGUGAAGGCGCUUCCCCCAUUUCUUUCCAGGAGCUGAGAACAGGGAAGCCCGGGUCUCUGCACAUAAGAGGGAUUUCCCAAGAGGAAGGCUGCCUGCCCCGGAACACGUCUCAGCCCGCCGAGCCUGCACUGUCCGAUGCUCUGAGAGGGGAACUUCAGGAAGGUUCCAGAAAGAUCUCAGGUGAGCGACACGUGUUAGGACAGCCCUCAAGACUCGUUCGGCAGCACAACAUCCAAGUCCCAGAAAUCCUGGUCACAGAAGAGCCAGAUCGGGACCCGGAAGGCCAAGCCCACGAUCAGGAGAAGUCUGAGAAGUUCAGUUGGCCUCAGCGGAGCGAAACCUUGUCCAAACUGCCAACAGAGAAACUGCCACCCAAAAAGAAGCGGCUCCGUCUUGCCGAGAUCGAGCACUCCUCAACAGAGUCAAGCUUGGACUCCACUCUCUCCAGGAGUCUAAGCAGGGAGAGCAGUUUAUCUCACACUUCGAGUUUCUCUGCUUCCUUAGACGUAGAGGACGUUUCUAAGACUGAGGCCUCCCCCAAAAUCGAUUUUCCGAAUAAAGCGGAGUUUCUCAUGAUUCCACCUGGCUCUAAUACCCUGAACGUUCCUGGGGGUCACCGGGAAAUGAGGCGCGCUGCAUCGGAACAGAUUCACUGCCUGCAAAUGUCGAUGGAGGUCUCUGAUUUCAGAAGUAAAUCAUUCGACUGUGGAAGCAUGACUCCACCUCAGCCAGCCCCGCUUGCUGAACUGCAGCCUCCGACAUCCCCUUCUGGCAUGGGGGUCGCCGGGCACGUGCCUCUCUUGGAAAGACGGAGAGGCCCGCUGAUACGGCAGAUCUCUUUAAACAUCACUCCGGAGGGUCAUCUAUCUCCUGGGAACCCAUCCUCUUUCCAAACUAUCGCUCGCCCUGGUGUGAACACAGUGCCAUUUCAGGGGCCUCAGCUCACUCAUGCACCUUCACCUGAGUUUCCUGCAAAUACUUUGGCCUCCCAGACUCAGAUUAAGGAUCUGCAAGCAGAAACUUCAAGUUCCAACUCUCCAAACAUCUUUCCUGUUCAACAGCUUCUUGGUAUCCAUUUGUUAAAUCAAAUCCACGUGCCCCUUAGCCUCCCAGACACACAGAUGUCUCUGCAGGUGUCUACACAGAGUGUCAAAGCAGAUCCAAGCCCCGGUGGACAUGUAUCUUCUAAAAGUGAGGACUGCUUUGCUCCCAAGUACCAACUUCAGUGUCAGGUGGUCCCUUCGACCCAGCCUUGCACUUCUAACGCUGUACAUCCUCUGCCAAAGCAAGUUCUUUCAGACCCAGCUGGGGCCAACCAUCGUGCGACCUCGUUGACAUUACCAGCCAAGUUAGUAGAAGCCACGUCUAAUUCGUGUCCUCUGCCACCACUGAAGGUCGGGCCUCUCGGCAGUCAGGUGCCGAAGGUGCCGGCGUCCUUUGCGCUGCCCUUGCAUCUGCAGAGUCGGGUCCCAGCGUACUGUUUUGCCACAGCCACAGCUCUGCCGCAGAUCCUAGUGACCCAAGAUCUAUCCAGUCAGCCGAUUGCCCAGGCUAAUCAUAGUAUGGUGCCAAUCAGUGAAGAGCAAAAUUCCGUGCCAAAGUCGCAAUACGCUCACCGGAAAGCUUUGCCAAACCCAGAGGGAGAACUUGUCUGCGAGAACGUUAUUUCCGAGAUGGGCCAAAAUUCGUCGCCAUCAGAAUCCUUGCCUGUAACUCAGAAAAUGUCUGUUGGUAGACUCUCCCCCCAGCAAGAAUCUUCAGCUUCAAGUAAAAGGAUGCUGUCCCCAGCAAAUAGUUUAGACAUUGCCAUGGAAAAGCACCAGAAGCGGGCCAAGGAUGAAAAUGGAGCCGUUUGUGCCACAGAUGCUAGACAGUUGGAAGCACUGAGCUCAAGAGCUCAUGAAGUUAGUAAACAGAAGAAGCCAGUCCUGGUGAGGCAGGUUUGCACUACGGAGCCCCUUGAAGCUGUGAUAUUGGAACAGGAUAUUUUUUCUCACCCUGAAGUGAGUAGUGAGGCUCUGCGUUUGACUGAUGUUUCACCAGCUGAUAAUUUGUCAUCAGGACACUCCAAGCCUGUGGUUAUAGAACCUGUAAAAGAAUUGCAGGAAUUUGAAAGCAUCCCGUCGGCCACAUCGCUGACUCUGACAGUUAGAAAUUUAGCUGUCCCUGCAGAGAAAACUCACGUUUCUUCUUCGGAACAUGUAGACGAUAACCAAGAAAGGAAGUCACCAGGGGUUAAAACUCCAGGCGACGAAGCGAACGUCCAAGAACAGAGUCCGCCAGCAGCCACCACUCCUUCCGCAUGUAAAGCCAGUGACACACAGCAGCCGUCCUUCCCCAGCCUGAAGACUGCAACCAGCUUCACGUGGUGUUACCUGUUGAGGCAGAAGGCCCUGCACCUGCCCCAGAACGACCAAAAAACUUCGGCCUACACCGAUUGGACCGUGAACGCCAGUGAUCCAAAUCCACUCAGCUUGCCUACCAAAGUGGCUCUUUCUCUCCUGAACUCAAAACAGAAGACCGGAAAAUCUCUAUAUUGUCAAGCAAUAACGACCCAUUUCAAGUCAGAUUUAUUGGUCUAUUCAAGCAAAUGGAAAAGCAGCUUAAGCAAGAGAGCAUUAGGUAAUCAAAAGUCCACAGUAGUUGAAUUCAGCAAUAAAGAUGCCUCUGAAAUUAACAGUGAGCAAGAUAAAGAAAAUUCCUUAAUCAAAAGUGAACCAAGAAGAAUUAAAAUAUUUGAUGGAGGAUACAAAUCAAAUGAAGAGUAUGUAUAUGUCCGAGGCAGGGGAAGAGGAAAGUACAUUUGUGAAGAAUGCGGAAUCCGUUGUAAGAAACCUAGUAUGUUAAAGAAACACAUACGAACCCAUACAGAUGUCCGCCCCUACCACUGCACUUACUGUAACUUCUCCUUUAAGACUAAAGGAAAUCUGACAAAACACAUGAAGUCCAAGACACAUAGCAAGAAAUGUGUGGAUUUAGGCGUCUCAGUAGGUUUAAUAGAUGAACAAGAUACAGAAGAAUCAGAUGAAAAACAAAGAUUCAGUUACGAGCGGUCUGGAUAUGAUCUUGAAGAAUCCGAUGGCCCAGAUGAGGACGAGAACGAGAACGAAGACGAGGAUGAAGACAGCCAGGCCGAGUCGGUCCUGUCGGCAGCCCCCUCGGCCACGGCCAGCCCGCAGCGCCUUCCGGCUAGAAGCGGCCUCCAGGACUGUCGGGGUGCUGACGAGGACGUCAGGAUUCCUGAUUGCUUUUCUGGGGGACACACGGACCCGAUGGAUGUUCUCCCGAGAGCGUUGCCCACCAAGAUGACCGUGCUUAGCACAGUGCAGUCGGACUACGGCGGGAAGCCGGGGUCUCCGGUUAGGACCAGGCAGCGGGCUGCGGGGGACGAGGGUGAGGCAGCCGCUCCUGGAGACUCUGCCAGGUCACCCGAGGCUGCGCCCAGGUCCCCGUGUCACCAGAUGUCUGUGGACUACCCCGAAUCCGAAGAGGUCCUGGGAAGUUCUGUGGCAGGAAAGGCUGUUGCUUUAACACAGGGCCCGUCAUCCGUGAGCCUUCCUCCGCGGGGCACUGAGCGCAGCCCUCAGCCGGCAGGGGCACCUCCUUGCACGACCUCGCCUCGGCCCGGCGCUCAGGAGCCGAAGCAGCAAGUCGCUCUCCAUCCGCCUCCAGGCCUGCCUUCUCCCCAGACGCAUCUGUUCAGCCACCUUCCUCUGCAUUCCCAGCUACAGUCAAGGACACCGUAUAAUAUGCUUCCGGUCGGGGGGAUCCAGGCGGUCCCUGCCGGCCUCACAUACUCCACGUUCGUACCCAUCCAAGCUGGGCCAGUGCAACUCACGAUCCCCGCUGUCAACGUCAUUCACAGAACUGUGGGCACCCCCGGGGACUUGACCGCCGAAGUGUCCAGCGCUACCAGCCCCUCCGGAGUGGCUGAAUUGAGCAGCGUGGUGCCCUGUAUUCCCAUCGGCCAAAUCCGCGUGCCGGGCCUGCAGAACCCGAGUCCGCCGGCCCUGCAGCCCCUGCCGGCACUGAGCAUGGAGACCGUCAACAUUUUAGGCCUGGCCAGCGCGAACCUCGGCCCGCAGGUGCGCCCGCCCGGGCUCGCUCUGAACGCCGCCGUGGGGCUGCAGGUGGUGACCGCCAGCCCUUCCUCCCAGAGCGGCCCCGCCCCCCCGCCCCCCAUCCCGGGCCUCCAGAUCCUGAACAUCGCCUUGCCCACGCUGAUCCCCUCCGUCGGCCAGGUCACCGUGGACGCCCAGGGAGCCCCCGAGAGGCCCGCUCCCCCAAACAGAGCCCGGGAGGCGCCGCCCAAGCAGCCCUCGGCCGCCGGUGCGCACCCGGGCGGUGGGAGCGCGUCGCCGCAGGGCUCGCCCCGAAUUCCUCGGGAAAACGCACCGAAGGGUCUAGACCCACCUGCCCCGGCCAGAGACCACGCCAGGCGGGACGGCUCCAGUCGCCUGGACGCGGGGACGGCCGCCUCUGGGAAUCACCCGAAGCCCCGGCACGAACUCUCUGCGGCUCCGGGCAAACCAGCAUCCGGGCCCCCGCCGUCCGGCCGGCAGCCUCGCCCCCUGGACCGGGAGGGACCCGCGGCCCGGCCUCCGGCCCCGCCCCCGGCCCCGGCCCCGGCCCCGCCCCCGGCCCGGAGGCAGGCCGCGCAGUUCAGCGAUGUGAGCAGCGACGAGGACGAGGACAGGCUCGUGAUCGCAACCUAGGGGCGUUUUAUUUGCGGGUUUGGGGUUUUGUUUGGGUUUUGGUUUUCUGGAAUUUUUUUUUUUUUUUUAUAGAACACUUACAGGUUUCUUUGAAAACCCUCCUUUCCUUAAAGCACAUUUUUCUGACAUAAACUCAUGACUAAUCUUUGUGCAAUCAUGAACUUUUGACCAAUAAUCGUUGUUUUGUGUCAGCUCCAGCCAUUUUUGUACAUGUUGUAUAGACAAUUGUGCCUUUUAGGAGUUUUAUGUUUAGAGACUGUACAGAUUGUUGAAUAUCUAUAUACAUAAAAUAUAUAUUAUAUAUGUAUAUGAAAACCAGGUAGUUAUUUGUGUUUAGCAAAAAAACCUGUCAAAUAAAUCCAAUGAUUAAAUUAUAUGUUGCACUGUUAAAUAUAAAUUUUUAUGGCUGUGGGACAGAGUUUCUGUGUAUAAAUUAGUACGUGAGCUCCAUAUUUAUUGUAUUCAUAUUAGUCUUUGAAAAUGGGUCUGUCCUUCUUGCGUAAGACAGUAACUUUACACUUCAGACAGAGUUUCUGUGUUAUGUUUCAGUAAAAUAUCGUUUACUGACUUUACCAUCGCUUUAGUUGUGCUUUCUUUAUGUCAUGUAGGGGCCAGCAACCUACAUUCGGAAGAUAGCCCUAGGUUAACAUUCCUUCC